CCAAACACAGCUCCUAGCUUUCACAACCUAUUUGAUACCUUAAUAAAAAAUAAAAAAAUCAAAAUUCAAAAUUUCUAAAUUUUUGAAAUAGUUAUUUUGGCUGAAGUGGUAAUAUAAUUAUGCGGUUGUUUGGUAGAAUAACGCACUAUUUACAGAUAUCGCGAUGUAUAAACUACCACGCUCCGCUGUUCAGACCACGCAAUCUGCUUCAAGCCAAGCGGCUGAGGCAGCUUUGUAGUAAUGCAACCUCGGCGUCCAAGUGCGCUGAAAAGGCAACCGCCUCGGGUUGCCUUCGGGUGCAAAAGUAUUCGCAGAAGGGCAACAAUGUCUUCUCGAUCAGCGACAACGCGGACAUGUUGCGCAAACGAAUCAGCUUCUCCGGCAAAUCGAGCAAUAGUCCCAAGAUCCUACCCAUUGGCCUGAUUACACCGGAAACUGGUGAUGGCAAGGACCUUAAGAUCGUCAUCGUGCCCUUGGACUUGGCGGGCAUGGACGCCAAUGCUCUAAAGGAAACGCUGGAAACCAUUAACCAGCUGCGCAUGUACGCCAACCAUAUCGAGACCUUUUCCAGCAGCAUGGUCGAGGAGUACAACGCGCUGAAUGAGGCUCUUCAGGAGGUGGAGGCGCAGGAGCGGAUGUCGGAGGCGAUGGCCGAGGAUCGUAACCUCUUUGAGAACUAUCCAUCCUUGGAAGCGACUGACGUAAGUGCCGUGGGAAGCACUAUGAACGCUGGACUGGGUGCCGACAGCAUGCCCAUGCAGCGCCAGGCGGCAGUCACUAGCUGCCUCCAGAAUGCCAUUGGCAAUUCCGGAGCCAGUACUUCAAUGAAGACGUCCACCAAGUCCAUGUCUGCCCUGGCCCAACCCGAAAUCAUCAAGAAUCCGUCUACCCGGACUGCGGAUAACAAGGUAGUUGAAACCGAAGAGGGUAACUUCAUCGAGGAGGUCCGAGUGGAUGUGCCGCAGGAUCUGAACAAUCGGCUUAACGACUUGGCGGUCGCGUCUAUGGAGCUGUCCUUCGAAAUGGACAUGACCAGCCUGCAGGAUGCUAUCCUUACUAUGGGUACGAAUGCCGUAACCAAACAGGAUCCUAUGAUCUGUAUGCACUCGAAGGUGGAACUUGAUGGGCAGGGAGUGCCUGAGCAUACGAUUCCGCUUAGGUUUAAUGCCUUGAUUUCAGGCGUCGUAGAGAUCGAUACCCAAAAGCUGAAUCUUGAUGUGCUGUCGGAGGACAAUAUUCCGGUAUUCAACGAUGACCUCACCUCUCUGGCUGCCAAUCUCUGCAGCACAGCCUUGGAGAAGGGUUUCAGUGAUAGCUCGAAAACUCCGGAUACCUACAUCGCCGAUCUGGAACUGACCAAGGAUGAGGAGGUCUAUCCUUCCAGGAUUAUCGACACGUCCUACAUGUCGGCAGCCAAUCAAGUCGGACAUCAGCGCGAAGCUUUGCAGAGGAUCGCGGAAGAGGCGUCCAUUGUGCCGGGCACCCAGGAGCAGGAGGUGCCGGUUCCCGUGGAUAAGGACGGAUGCAAACAUCCUCCCGUGCCGCCCAAGCGCAAGUGUCCCGGCAAAUGUCCCCUCAUCACAGAUCCCUGCAAAGAGGAUCCCUGCGAGCGCCCUGAAAAGAAAAAGGCUCCUAAGAAAAAGGCGGUGAAAAUCACUGAGAUCACAUCCAUGGCCAAGGACAAGGAUCCUUGUGGCAAGAAAGAGGAUCCUUGUGCCAAGAAAGAGGAUCCUUGUGCCAAGAAAGAGGAUCCUUGUGCCAAGAAAAAGGAUCCUUGUGCCAAGAAAGAGGAUCCCUGUGCCAAGAAAGAGGAUCCUUGUGCCAAGAAAGAGGAUCCUUGUGCCAAGAAAGAGGAUCCUUGUGCCAAGAAAGAAGAUCCUUGUGCCAAGAAAGAAGAUCCUUAAAAGAAGGAUCCCUGUGCCAAGGAUAAGAAAAAGGAUCCCUGUGCCAAGGAUAAGAAAAAGGAUCCCUGUGCCAAGGAUAAGAAAAAGGAUCCCUGUGCCAAAGAUGAUAAGAAAAAGAAGGAUCCCUGUGCCAAGGAUGAUAAGAAAAAGAAGGAUCCCUGUGCCAAGGAUAAGAAAAAGGAUCCCUGUGCCAAGAACGGAAAGGGCGGAAAGGAUGAAAAGAAAAAGGAUCCCUGCGCCAAGUUCAAGAAGGGCGGCAAAGAUGGCAAGGAUAAGUGCGCCAAGUUCUCCACUUUUUCUAGGCGUAGCGAUCCAAUCAAGCGCUACUUGUCCACCGCUCUGAACCAGGCCCUCCGGGAAUCUGAUUCUGUUCCAAGUCGUCCACGCUUUACGGUCCACUCCGCUCUUGUGCGCCGUCACCAUCGUCUUCCCGUUCCCAAGACCGGCGAAUCCUGUCAGUGCUCCCUGUGCCAGGGAUGUCUGGGCGACAAUAAAGUGGCUCCUCCUCGUUUCACGAUGAACGCAACCCUCCUGCGGCGGCGCUUUGGUUCACUGACCAGAAAGAUCUCGCCCAACGCGCUUACCAAUGUGAACUGGCGCGGAAAGAAGAGCAAGAAGGGUGGCAAGUGCGGCCAGUUGGAGACCAAGUUCCCCAAGAACCGUGGCAAGGACACCAAGGAGCGAACGGGUAUCCGCGAAGAUUGCUUCAGUGACGACGACGGCGGUUGUGGUGUCAAAAGCUGCACCGGCAAGUGCGCCAAGGUCAAGUUCCCCAAGAAAAAGUGCGAACGCGACGAGAAAAAGGACAAAGAUGGCAGAAUAGGCACUCUGUUAGCCCGGAAUACUCUUGUUCAGCUGCAGCCGCAGCGGAGAUCCUUCAGCACAAAGCUCUCGCCAAAGGACGAAAAACGUAUCCUUGAUAAACAGGCGUAUGCGGUGCACAUAAAGAACUCCUACGAGAUCAAUGUAGUUCCCGUAUCUAGACCUCGUCCAAAGGAUUUCGAUGUCCUUGUUCGAACUGGUUCGGUGGCCAUCUCGAACUCUGAUAUCCACGUCUUCGAGAACGGCAACAGCGACAUGGAAGCCAUGUCCCUGGGGCACGACGCCACAGGAUUCGUGGAGGAAGUCGGUCGCUGCGUCCACCAUCUGCAUGUUGGCGACCGUGUCGUGAUGGAGUCGGCGUUAUCCUGCGGCAUCUGCGACCUAUGCAAACAAGGUCUCUACAACAUGUGCUCCGGUUUGGUAUACAACGGCUUUCUGAGCACUUAUCAAACGCAUCCGGCGGACCUCUGCCACCGGCUACCGCCUUCGAUCAGCAUGGAAGAGGGUGCCCUUACCCAAACCCUUGCCAUGGGCUGUCAAGCGUGCUUCAAGGCCAACAUCACACCCACAAGCAACGUCCUAAUCCUGGGAUCCUGUCCAACAGCAGUGGCGGCAGGCAUCUGCGCCAAGGCCAUCGGGGCCAAGCGCGUGGUCAUCGCCGGAUGUAUGGCACCCGCUCUUGAUGUGAUCGCCCGGGAUUUCGGAUUCCAGGCCGUCGAGUUCGACAAUAACGCCCUGUUCGGCGAAGUUCUUGAAGCCAUCUACAGCAAGUUCCAGGAUUGGCCCAAGUGCGUCAUAAACUGCUCCAUUUCGGCCAUGACGAUGAAUCUGGCGGUCAUGGCAUUGCAGCCGUGUGGGGUGUGUGUGCUGGCCGAAUGCGAUUCGGAGUGUGCCAGCUUCAAUGCCCUGGACGUCCUGAUGAAGAACAUCCGCCUGGUACCCAGCUUUCGAUCCGCCAAUAUGUACCCCACUGCCCUACAACUUAUGCGAUCCGGCCAUGCACACAUGCACAAGUUCAUCACGGGCACAUAUAGUUUGAGCAGGGCCGACGAGGCCUUCCGAGCUGCUCAGCACGAGUCCAACGUUGGGCUGGGGAAGGUCAUUGUUAACUGUGCCGAAGAAGCGGACAAUGAGGAGAAGAUUGGGAAAAAUUCCAAAUCGGCAUUGUAAGAAAUUAUGGUAUUAAUGGCUGUUUAGAAGACCGCUUCAAAUAAUUCGAUUAUACUUGCAGUUAAUUCUGUGUUUUUGAUUUAAAAUUAAGAAUUAAAAUAAAACAAAAAAAUUUUAAGUAUUGCAACAAAAA